UCAAAUAAGAUAGAAUUAAAAUCUCUCUGAGAAUAAUCCUCCAUAUUUUGGCCUCCAUUUCCAAACCCGAAAUCUUGUUUGUCUCUCUCAGCUGCAGACUUUACUCAUCUUCUCACUCUACUCCGCCUUCCAUCUCUCCACAGAAGAAGAGAGAUUCUCAAAUUUAAUUUACUUGAUCUGCAGAUCAUCCAAUCAUUUCGAAAAACUCGAUACUCCUAUUCCGCAUUGAUGGAUCAGGAGCAAGCUUCUGAUGCCCUAAAUUCACCUUCAGCUGCAAUCGGCAAAAAGCUCAGCGCCAAGGCUGCUGAAUUCGUGCCCCGCACCUCCUCCUCCGCCGUCGCACCACCUCCGCCGCCGCGCCUGCUUCAACCUGUGUACACGAGGCCGCCGUCCUUUGUAUCGCCUCUGCCGCCGCCUUACUAUGGAUACGAGGCCUAUUACCAGCAAGAUGCGGCGCCGUUCUAUGCGUAUAACGUGAAUCCAGUUGGCCGGGGAGAGCAAUCGCCCGAUGCCAACACUGCUAGCUCUGCGGCUUCUUCGGCGAAGAAUGGAUUGUACGAUGCACACCAGAAAGUAGUCCGCCAGGUCGAGUUCUAUUUCAGUGAUAUCAAUUUGGCAACAACUGAUCAGUUAUUUAGGUUUAUGUGCAAAGAUCCUGAAGGUUAUGUGCCACUUUCUGUUGUUGCAUCAUUCAAGAAGGUGAAAAGUGCCAUUACCAACAUCACACAGCUUGCUAGUAUCCUGCGGAGCUCAAAUAAACUGUUAGUAAGUGAAGACGGAAACAAUGUUAAACGCCAGCAUCCAUUAACUGAAUCAGAUAUGGAAGAGCUGCAAUCUCGUAUAGUCAUUGCUGAAAACUUGCCCGAGGAUCACUCCCACCAGAAGCUCAUGAAAAUAUUCUCAUCUGUAGGAAGUGUUAAGUCAAUCCGUACCUGUGCACCUCAGAAUUUAAAUGGAAAAACAGGAAAAGGUGACAGAUCACAGUGUGCUGGCAAGUUUCAUGCUUUUGUGGAGUAUGAAUCUGUUGAAUAUGCCGAGAAAGCGGUCUCUGAACUGCAAGAUGAGAGCAACUGGAGGAAUGGUCUGAAAGUUCGAUUGCUGCUUGAUAGUCCUCAAUACCUAAGCCGGCCAGCGACAUGUCAAAUUUACUGUGUAAAAUCUACUCAAGCACGAACAAAGAAAGCUGGUCACGAGGGUCAGCCCUCUGGUAAGAAAGACGAGGCAACCGUUAGGGAGACGCAGGGUUUCAAGGAGAAUCGCUUGGAAGAGUCAGUGUGGAACUGUGAUGCACGAAAUAAUGAGCUUCAGUUGGAGGAUUACACAAAAGGCAAUGGACAGAAGAAGGGGCGCAAUUCUGGUAGUGGUGGUGGCAGGGGCAGAGGAAAAGGGAAGGGGCAGGGGCAGGGGCAGGGGCAGGGACAGGGACAAGCACGUAGACGCCCUCAUCACGCAGCUAAUGGAGGAGGUGGUUUUGGACCGGCAUCAUUAGAUGUUCCAGUGUUGAACUCAUCCAAGGCGCCUCCUGUUCCUCGUAUGCCAGACGGCACAAAGGGAUUCUCUAUGGGUCGAGGGAAGCCGUUAGCCAUAAAAACUGCUUAAUGCAAGCUGAUUAAUCGUCAUCGGCUUAACAGGUAGUCUGUUGAUUUGGAUCAGACUAUGCCUUGCUUGUAACAGAAUAAUAUGAUUUGCUGACCUAGAAAAGGAGCUAUAGUAGCAUUGGUGUUUCCCUAAUCAGGUUUAGAGGGGCCCUCACUGUAGAUAGCCAAACUUUCCCCUCUCCAUCCAUAUAUAAAUCAACAGCCGUAGACGAGCUAUUGAUUUUACCACUUGUUUGUUUGAGAGAACAACAGUAUUCAAUGACAACCGCCAACACAACAUUCAAACAGUUGUUUUUAUAUGAAAUCGAAUUGUGUCUUCGUGGA